UCUAUUUGAAAAGUUAUUUAUUUGUGCUAAGUAGCUGGGGAGUUAAAAAUUUCGAACAUGCAUCUAGUGUUAAUUUUUGACCAGAUGCCACUCACUUUCAGUAUCAUUAUUUGUAAUUAGAAAAAAAAAAAUUUUAUUUAAAAAAUCCUAGUCUUAGAAAAAAAAUGCGUACGCGCAGUUAAUGAUCAGCGACGUCACACAUGGACGGCCUUUAACAUACAGUGACAGCCACAAGUAAAAAGUAAACAAGUAAUCCAAUAAUUACACUUUGAAGGUUAUUCAAGAUAACAAAAAAUAAAGUAAGCAUAUUUUAAUAAAUAAAGUGACCAUUGACUCGAUGGGAAAUGAAAAAAGUGCCCUGAGUGGCCUGAAAAUAGAUGAAAAGGCCAUUGAAAUAACAGACUUCUGGCUGCACCACAGUGCCAAUUUGAAUGGCGCGAAUUCUUCAACAAUAUCGGUAUUUAUCAGCGAACCAUCUUUGCAAUCAUGUCCUAACUUCGGUAAGCCGUCACCUCUCGAAAGGACAGCCAAGAACUUGAUGCUCCAUCGCCACCCUUGCAUCCUGAAAUACAUAUCCUCAUGGAGAAAAGGCAGCAGCUAUUACCUGGCCACCGAGGAAGUGAAACCACUGGCCCAGAUAAUUGGUUCCCAGACUACGCUCCAGAUUUGCAUUGGACUCCACAGUAUUCUCCGAGCUCUGAUAUUUCUACACGAGAAAGCUCUUGCUUCUCACAAUAACGUCUGCAGUAGCUCGAUCUACGUCACUUCAGAAGGCUCCUGGAAGCUCGGGGGUCUUGAGUUUCUUUGCAGGUUCACGGAUUUCAAUCAAGCGUACUUGAAAAAGAUUAAGAACUUCAGGUAUGAGAAGGCUAUUGCUCCUGAAGAGGAUGGAAAUUCUCUAGAAACUCAAUUGAAUCCCAUCGGGGUUGAUCAGUAUGCUUUUGGAGUUCUUACCGAAGAAGUUUUACGGCUAAAAAAUUCUGAUGAUGUACCAGCUUUAGCAGAAUUUAAAGAAAUUUGUAAACGUAGCUUACAAAAUCCAGAUCCUUUAUUGAGGACUAAAUUGUCGACUUUAUUAAAUAAUCCAUUUUUUACACAUGAUUUUAUAAAUAUUCAUGAAUUUUUAAUGGAACUACCAUUAAAAAGUGAAACUGAAAAAGAAGAAUUUUUUUCAAAUCUUGUAUCACAACUUAAAGCAUUUCCUGAAAAAAUAAUAGCUGACCAAUUAGGCCGACUAUUAUUAUCCCGAAUGGUACUGCUGGACAGUACAGCUCAACAAAAAUUACUGCCAUGUGUACUGAAGCCAAAAACGGAAGACAAUGAAGAAGACACGAGUCUUUUUACAGUUUCAACAUUUAAAAGCCACUUGGUACCAAAAUUACUGCAGAUGUUUUGUGUCCGUGACACAUCAAUACGCCUGUUAUUAUUAUCUCAUUUAAAUUCUUUCAUCUACGCUUUUCAAAUAGACGAACUAAAAAACCAAAUCCUACCUGAGCUUCUGGUAGGAAUAAAAGACCACGACGAUCACUUGGUCAGCGUGACACUGCGAGCGCUGGCUGACUUGGUGCCAAUAUUAGGAGCUGCUGCUGUGAUAGGCGGCAAACGCGGUAAACUCUUCACAGACGGUCGUCCUAAUCACGGUCAAAUCAGGCGUGAAGCUUCUACUAGGUCCAAAAGAGCUAGUAAUAGUAGUAAUAGUAAUCAUAAUAAUACUAAUAAUAUUAUUAAUAAUAAUGGCAUAGACUGUCUGCCAGUUGAACUGCUAGAGAGACCAUCACCAGACGGUGGAGAGGACCGAAUUGAAUCUGCGUUGAUUUUAGCCGAAGAAGAAACAACUUGGUCUGACUGGGAUGCUCAUGAAGUGAACAUCACAAAGACAAUUGACACUGAUGUUCUUCCUGAAGCCAUUCAAGAUGACGAAUUUCCGCCGGUGAAACCGGAAACCUCCGAAGCGACGGUCAAAAAAGACAAACUGACUUAUAAUAAAAAGACUAUUGUUUCUGAUAUUCGAGAAUUGGAUAUUAAACAUUCUAAGACAAUGCAACAAGCUGCCGAAGAGGUGGAUUUCUUCACAGACAUGGAACCGGUUAUUGAGAAGCCAAAAGUUGUUCACAUCGAGCAAGUAAAACCGAAAAAAAGUGUGUUUGAUGUCAAAAAUGGAAAUCAAGACAUUGAAGAUGAUGAUGGCUGGGUCGAAGAUUUUGACGAUUGGGGUGAUAAUGCUGCUGCGGUGAAAGAUUGAUUUUCUUUUUUAUUACGGUAGUAAAUUUAAAGUUUCGCAUGGGGGGUGUAAAUAAUUUAAUGUGUAAGCUUGG